CAAUCUACCGGUGACCGGGUGGUACUGCAUCUCUCAGUGACGUCCUUUCCAUCAUGGCGGCGCCCUUUGAGAAUCAUGCUGGAUUGUUUUUCUUCUAGCACAAUAGGUACAAGUUAAGUUGCCGCUUACGCAAGAAUCCAGCCAGUAAAUAAUUACAUGUCGAAUUAUUUAGGUAUUAUGACAGAUCGUUUGAAAUUGUAUAUUUACUACAAAUUUGUAUGCAUUUAUAUUUUACAAAGGUUAUUGUAUAGAGGUAAUUUGUAGUGAAUUUUAUCAUGCAUGAUUUGUGAGUUCCCAGUAUGUCUAUUCUGGUACGCUUCGAAAGCGUACCGUUUUUAUUCUUCAAGUCAUUCUUUCUUUGAGCUCAAAACCAUGACAGUUGCAAUGCGUUUGGGUCUCUCAUUCAUGACUCGUGAAUUUGCCUAUGUCAUGUGUUUGGAGAGGCAUCAUGUGCUUCGCGUUAAACCAUUUUUCUGUGGCCUGAGGAGCUUUGGGACUGACUCAAAUGAUUCUGACAAGGGCUCGGAUGCACCUGUGUCUACUUUCCCACCGUUCUCUCGAAGAGCAUAUUUGUCUGGGAGACGUCGACCUCUGUCCCCACUGGAGAGGGUCAGUCAGCUGCUGCCUGAAGACAGUCUGAGUCGAGAGGUUUGGGAACUACGAGACACUAGAAACCGUGAGGUUGAACAGGACACUCAGAGUCUGGGGAAGGAGCGAGAAGAGGCAACAGAGGAAGCUCAAGGAUCUUUUGCUCCUCAUCAUGUGUGUGUUCCUGGGGAAAGGCCUAUAUGUUUUGGAGAGACUCUGCUGGCCGAGUUUAGUAGGAAGAGACGUUUAGAGUUUCGGAAGAUGUUCCAGCUAAAGGAGGGCCUGAAGCUCCAUAGUAACUGGGGUUUAAUAGCUCAUGAGGACAUGGAGGGGCGCCCUGCUGGAAGCAUCAUACGCACUUCAAUGGGAAUCCCGAUUCUCAUUCGCCGACCCAGCCUGGAUGAGUUCACUCUCUUCAUGAAGAGAGGGCCAGCUAUUGCGUACCCAAAAGACGCAAGUGCGAUGUUGACAAUGAUGGAUGUGACCGAAGGAGAUUGUGUUCUGGAAUCAGGCUCUGGAUCUGGUGCUAUGAGCCUUUUCCUGUCCAGGGCAGUGGGUUACAAAGGAAGUGUUUUGAGUGUGGAGAUAAGAGAGGACCAUCACAGAGGCGCUGUAUUAAACUACCAGCGUUGGCGGUCCUCGUGGAGCCUUCGGCGAGGGGAGGAAUGGCCUGAUAAUGUUCACUUUCACCAUGGAGACCUCAUAUCUGCAGGUCCUCUUCUGGCUGGGCGAGGUUUUAACUCGGUCGCUCUGGAUAUGGUUAAUCCGCAUUUGGCCUUACCUGCUGUGGUUCCUCACCUCCAUCCUGGAUCUGUGUGCGCUGUUUAUCAAGCAAAUAUCACACAGGUCAUUGAUCUGAUGGAGGGUCUGCGAUGUUCCGCCCUUCCUCUGGUGUGUGAACGCAUUGUUGAGGUUCAGUACAGGGAUUGGCUUGUUGGCCCGUCACUCAAAAAAGAUGGAACAUUUAACAAACGAAAAGCUCCACAGGAAGAUGAUGAAUGUGAGCCAAGUGAGGAUACAGAAGGGGAUUUGAACUGUCAAGAUCCAGUCCCGUUUGGAGAUGUCCCGUACAUUGCGCGUCCUCAUCCUGAACAGACUGGCCAUACAGCCUUCCUCAUAAAAUUACGAAAGAUCUUGAAGUAGAUGUGCACUCCUAAUGUGCGUACAAGAGUACAACAAAGCUGCUAUCUCAUAUAUCAAUAAACUUGUCAAAAAAGUA